GUGAGGAAGUUAAUUUUAGACGAGGGUUUUCUCCACAGUCAGGCUUGCCAUUACUCAGCCGUCUGCAAACCCUGGGUGAGUCAGCUGGAAAUGCUGCUCUCUCCUGAGCCUGAGCUGGAAACGUAUUGCAGCACCCACUGUACUCAGAGCUGUCUGUGCUGUCAUGCUCACUGCUGUGUCCUGCCUGCCCCAGGACGACGGACUGCUGACAGGUGGAUCCUGGAGCAAAAGAUGGAUCUCUCACACCGCUUCUCCAAGCAGGAGCUGGCCCUGCUCUACCAGGAGGUGCUUUACACCAUCCGGCACCGUCUGGGCAAACCGCAGCCCCAACACGUUGCUGACAGCCAGGAGCUCUGUGCCUAUGUGCAGAAGGCUUUUGGCAUGGAUGCAGAGGAGCACAGGACCAUCAUGCAGCAGGUCCAGGAGCUGGAGAGCCCAAUUUUUUGUCUGAAAGCAACCGUGAAAGAAGCCAAAGGGAUUUUGGGUAAAGACGUCAGCGGGUACAGCGACCCGUACUGCCUGCUGGGCAUCGAGUCCAAGAGCCAGGAGCCAGCCCACCCCAACAGCAAGAGGAGGCUGAAGGCUGUGGUCAAGGACCUCAUCCCUGAAGACCAGAUCCAUCGCACCCAAAUCAUCAGCCAGACCCUCAACCCGGUGUGGGAUGAGACGUUUAUCCUGGAGUUUGAAGACAUGGAAACAGCCAGCUUCUACUUGGACAUGUGGGACUCAGACACGGUGGAAUCAGUGCGGCACAAGCUGGGUGAGCUGACGGACCUCCAUGGCCUCAAACGGAUCUUUAAGGAUGCUCGGAAGGACAAAGGGCAGGAUGACUUCCUGGGGAAUGUGGUCCUCCGUCUAAAGGACCUGCACUGCUGGGAUGACCGGUGGUACCAACUGGAGCCGCGCACAGAGACGUACCCCAACCGGGGCCAAUGUCACCUGCAGUUCCUGCUGACCCACAAGAAGAGGGCCACCAUCUGCAGCCGGACGCAGCCGAGCUACACCGUGCACCGCCACCUCCUGCAGCAGCUGGUGUCUCAUGAGAUCCUGCAGCACCAGGCCGGCAGCACCGCCUGGGAUGGGGAGCUGAGCCCACAUGCCAGCACUGUGCUGUACCUGCAUGCCACACAAAAGGAUCUCUCUGACUUCCACCAGGUCAUGGCGCAGUGGCUGGCGUACAGCAAGCUGUACCAGAGCCUGGAGUUCAACAGCAGCUGCCUGCUGCACCAGAUCACCAGCAUCGAGUACCAGUGGAUGCAGGAGCGCCUGCGGCCGGAGCAGAAAGCAGAGCUGGCAGAGUCCUUCCAGUCCUUGCUGACCUAUGGGGUGUCCCUCAUCCGGAGGUAUCGCAUCAUCUUCCCCCUCUCUGUCCCGAGGUCCACAGAGAGGCUGCAGUCCCUGCUCCGGGUCCUGGUCCAGAUGUGCAAGAUGAAAGCUUUCAGAGAGCUGUGCACACUCAGCCCUGAUCUCCCCAAAAUGGUUUCUGAGGCGCUCAAGUCAGGCACGACGGAAUGGUUCCACAUGAAGAAGCUGCACCUCCAGCCCAUGGUGAAGACCAUGGAGGAAAACAGCAAAGCCUUGGCCAAACUCCUUUUGGAGGUGAUAGGAGAUCUCCAGCAAUGCCACAAAAUCUGGAAUAAUUUCUUCAUCAGCACCUUGAAGCUGAAUCUCUUCUCCAUCACCUACUUGGAGCUGGAGAGCCUGGUUGCAGAGCACGUCCAGGAGCAGCUGCGCGAGGUCGACGCUGGCAUGUCCAAACCCACAGCUGAAAGCCUUUUCCAGCUCUACCUGAACCUGCAGGAGCUCUACAAGAUGAAGGACUUCCUCCCGAAGAGAGAUGGGCCUUUGGCUCUGAGUGAUUUCCACCAGUGGUUCAAGGAAGCUGUGCCUCAGUGGCUGCAGAAGGCCUACAGCAUUGCACUGGAGAGAGCACAGAGGGCUGUGCAGAUGGACCAGCUGACGCCCUUCGGGGAGCACAACAAGCACAGCACGUCCACUGUUGACCUGUCCACCUGCUACGCCCAGAUCGUGAAGACCUGGCAGCAGCUCAACUGGCCGGAUCCUGAGGAAGCCUUCAUGAUCAUGGUGAAACUCGUGGAGGAUAUGUGCAAAAUCGCCCUGAUGUAUUGCCGGCUCAUCAAGGAGAGGGCUGAGGCUCUGUCACUGAGCAAGCAGAACGAGGGUGAAGCAGCCAACAGGCUCUGCAUCGUGGUGAACAACAUCAAGCAGCUGCGGCUGCUCAUCCUGAAGCUGCCAUUGCAGCUGGACUGGGCCCAGCUGGAGCGGCGCAUGGGGGCUGUCAUUGACCAGCAGCAGAUCCAGCACACGCUGCACCAUCAGCUCGACAGCACCGUCUGCUGUCUGGACCAUGAGGUUCAGGACGUGGUGCAAGCCCUGGCCACCAAGCUGGAAGCGGGCAUUGCCAGGCACAUUCAAGAGCUGUCAGCCCCCAGCAAUGCUCAGGAGCCUGAGGAUUCCAUCCUCCCUCUCAUGAAGUUCCUGGAGUCAGAGCUGCAGUACCUCAACGAGCACCUGGUCCAGGAGAACUUCAAAAGCCUCCUUGCUCUGCUCUGGCAUCACACCUUGGCCGUGCUGACAGCGGCUGCUGGCCCACAGGUGCCCUCGGUGCAGCACUGCAGGAAGCUGCACUGUGCCCUGAAGAGCCUGGAGCUGUGCUUCCAUGCUGAGGGCUGCGGGCUGCCUCUGGACACCCUGCACAGCACUGCCUUCCUGUCACUGGAGAGCCGCCUGGCCCUCUGCUCCUCCACCAGCCGCAAGCUCAUCCAGAAGUACUUCAGCAACAGGAUCCAAGAGCAGCUGGGCAUCAGCUCAGAGAAGUACGGAGCUGUGACCAUCAAAGCGCUGUACCGCCCUUCGGAGCAGAAGCUGCGCGUGGAGGUGCUCAAUGCUGCCAACCUCAUCCCCUUGGACUCCAACGGCUCCAGUGACCCCUUCGUGCAGCUCACCCUGGAGCCCCGGCAUGAGUUUCCCGAGGUGGUGGCCCGCAGCACCCAGUGCAAGAGGAAUGAGCUGCACCCCCUCUUCGAUGAAGCCUUCGAGUUCCUCAUCCCCUCUGAGAAAUGCCGCCAGGAUGGGGCUUGUCUCCUGCUCACUGUCUUCGACUACGACACUCUGGGUGCCAACGACCUGGAGGGAGAAGCUUUCUUCCCACUGUGCCACGUGCCGGGCCUGGAUGCUGAUGAGGACCGGGCUGACAUGGGCUGGGUGCCCCAAACACGCCUCCCCCUCACCCACCCCAAACCUGGCGGAGAUGAGAUCCUGCAGCUGCUGGAGUGCAGGAAGGGAGACAAGGAGGCCCAGGCCUUCGUUAAGCUUCGCAAGCAGCGAGCCAAGCAGUCCAAGGAGGCAGCAUGAGGAGCAGGGGGGCCUAAAUGUGGGGGUCCAGAAUGGGAUCCUUGCCCCCAGCACUGCCCCCCAUGGGGCUCAGGAGGGUCCUGGGGUGGUUGGGGAUCUCCCUGCCGACUAACACUACAUUGCCUGGC